CUGCACCAUCGCGUUCUUCAGCCUCGAGUCGCAAGCCCUAUAGCGGAGAAGGCGAGGUCUCAGUUUACACCACCGGUCUGUUCCGCCUUCGGUUUCGGGAUCCAUCCGGAACGUUUUCAGAUAGGAUCCUCAGUGAGCCGGCACUCGAUUGAAUCGGCCUGUCUCUAUAGCUUAAGAAGGCGGGUUUGCUGCGCCCGCUCCAAGGCCAUUGCGAGAAGACCUUAUUGCGCACGCGCAGUAGGCAGCCGAUGGAGCCACCGAUGGACCCGUCCGGAGGGGAGCAAGAGCCCGGAGCCGUCAGGCUCCUGGAUUUGCCCUGGGAAGACGUGCUGCUCCCACACGUCCUGAGCCGGGUGCCGCUGCGCCAGCUGCUCUGGCUGCAGCGCGUCAGUCGGGCUUUCCGGGCGCUAGUGCAGCUGCACCUCGCCCGGCUGCGCCGCUUCGACGCCGCUCAGGUGGGUCCGCAGAUUCCGCGGGCCGCAUUGGCCUGGCUGCUGCGGGACGCCGAGGGGCUGCAGGAGCUGGCGCUGGCGCCGUGUCACGAAUGGCUGUCGGACGAAGAUCUGGUGCCGGUGUUGGCGCGGAAUCCGCAGCUGCGGAGUGUGGCACUGGCUGGCUGCGGGCAACUGAGCCGCCGCGCGCUGGGGGCGCUGGCCGAGGGCUGCCCCCGCCUGCAGCGCCUUUCGCUCGCGCACUGUGACUGGGUAGAUGGGCUGGCGCUGCGCGGCCUCGCUGACCGCUGUCCGGCCCUGGAGGAGCUGGACCUCACCGCCUGCCGACAGCUCAAGGAUGAGGCCAUCGUAUACCUGGCACAGAGGCGCGGCGCAGGCCUUCGCAGCCUCUCACUAGCGGUCAACGCCAACGUAGGGGAUACCGCCGUCCAGGAGUUGGCUCGGAACUGCCCGGAACUCCAGCACCUCGAUCUAACAGGGUGCCUCCGCGUCGGAAGCGACGGUAUCAGGACUUUGGCAGAGUACUGCCCGGCGCUGCGCUCACUGCGGGUGCGGCACUGCCACCACGUGGCCGAGCCCAGCCUAAGCCGCCUGCGGAAGCGCGGUGUGGACAUCGACGUGGAGCCGCCGCUGCAUCAGGCCCUGGUACUGCUGCAGGACAUGGUGGGCUUUGCACCCUUUGUCAACCUGCAGGUCUGACCCGCCUGCCGAUGGGCACAGCUGGACUGUGUGGCGGGGGCCUCACUGCGAACUGUAAGGAAAUUGAACUGUGGGGGCCUCCGGUGAGAGGCCAAUGCCCUGCCCCACCCCAGAGCUUCAAAUAAAGAGCUUUUUACCCCCUCUU